AUGCUUCACGAGGCGGCGGACUUUGGGUUCAGCCAGACGAAGGCGGAGCAGCGAGGGUACAAGCACGAGCUCGAGACGUGUAUCAAGGCACUGAAGGAGAUGAAGAGGCACGGGAUCAAGGUCCUCCCCGGAGGAUCACGGCUUCGCCUGGACCCCACACGGCACGUAUGCGCGCGACCUCGAGCACUUCGUCAGGUCCUCGACUUCACGCCGAUGGAGGCCAUCCAGGCAGCGACGACGGGCGUCGCCGAGCUGUUCAUGCGCUCGCACGAGCUCGGCAAGAUCCUCCCUGGGUACUACGCGGACUGCAUCCUGGUCGACGGGAACCCACUGGAAGACAUCGCGGUGCUGCAGGACCACGACAGGCUGAACGUCAUCGUGAUCAAUGGGCGAGUGCACAAGGUCAGCCCUGCAGAGUGGCAUGCGCCGCCGGUUAUGGGCCAGGAUGGGAACAGGCAUGUUAUUGUGCCGGACUUUCCGGAGGUGAAGAAGCAGUGGCAGUUCAAGUUCCAGGACUGA